AUGGCUGUCAGGAUACGGAUGUCGAUGCAUGGCAAGAGGCACCAGAAGAUCUUCCACCUUGUCGCCGCCAACCAGCGCGCGCGGCGAGACGGCAAGCCCAUCGAGCUCCUCGGGGUCUACAACCCCCACUUGAAGCCGGGCGAGACGCAAAAGACGAUAGAGUGGAGCACGCAGCGCAUCCGAUACUGGCUCAACGUCGGCGCGAUCCCGUCAAAGUCCGCGGAACGCCUCCUUCAGCUGGGUGGUCUGCUCUCAAGCCCAGCCACUUCAUCCGCGGCGGCGGCAGGCCCUGCUCCUUCAUCAUCGCCAGAAACCGGUGCCGCGCCCUCGCAACCUACUGCGUAG